AUGUGCGCUGGGCUCAAGGGUGUUCGAGAAGUACAUGCUUGUGAGAUGAAUGACGCGCUUUGCAGUGUCGCACAGGAGGUCAUUGCCUCCCAGAAGCACUCCUGCCCUGUUACCCUUCAUCCGGCAGUCAGCACUGCCUUGAAGCUGCCGAAGUUUGACCUCAUUUUCUGUGAGGUCUUUGAUGCUGGCCUUCUGGGUGAGCAUGCGCUGCCAACCAUCUUGCAUGCUCGCAAGGAACUUUUGAAAGCCGAUGGCUUGCUGAUCCCUGCGCGUGCGAGGAUCUUUGGACAGCUCGUGGAGGCGCCCCUGCUGCUGGAGCGCUUUCGCGUGGCCCAGUCCGCUGGAGUGCCGCUCAAAGGAGCCUAUCUUCGCAAUAGUGAGCGGUACACCUGCGAGACCAUGUCGGUUGUGCCUCAUGUGGCACUCACAGAGCCGGUGCAAUUGGUCUCCCUUGACUUUCAGGAGAUCGAGUACUUGUACAGCAACUUGGGCACCUGGAUCGAUCCACCUUUGGAGCUCCACGUGACGAAGGCUGGAGCAGCUCACGCGCUGGUCUAUUGGUGGGAACUUGACUUGGAUGCUGCGGGUGAAUGCCGAAUCCACACAUCACCCACAGGUGGCUCCGACUCCUGGGAACAAGCGGUGAAACCCUUGACCUUCUCCAUCGACCAAGCGCUGCACCUACACGAGGGUGAUCAAGUCCACUUGCACCUGCGUGUGCAGGCGGAUGGUCUUGAGGUCCUGCUGCAGGACGCAGAGGGCCACGCAAGCAGUCUUGAGGCACCAGAGCCCACCUGGCCGGACGUGGAGCUGGAAGAGGAAGAGUUACUCCGCUUCAACGACACGGAGCACUGGAAGGUGGUCCAGAGUGCUUUGGAACAUGCCUUUCACAGUUUGCCGGAGCAGCUUCCAGUGCAAGUUGUGGACAUUUCAGAGUCGCUGCCCGUGGCGCUGCUGUCACCUGUCAUUCACACCAGAGCCAGUGGAAUUGUUGCAGGUGUCAGCAGCAAAGCUGAGAAAGAGGUAAUGCAAUCUUUGUUGGCGCAUUCCGAGCUUCCGGCUGAGGUGCACUUGCUCCUUGCAUCUCCACAACAAGUGAUCCAGGCGGCAUUGCCUGCACCAUAUCCACCGGCCAAGGAUGGGCCGAGCGAAGAGACAUGGCCGGCGGCUGUCUUGGUGUGCGAGGACAUCGUCGGAGCCUCCGGACAUCUUCGAUCUGAGGCCCUCCAGGACUUGGCCCUGCUGUGGCGGAGCCUGGGAGGUCAGCUCAAGUCACGUGAGCUUCGAGUGGUGCCCGAGGCGAUCUCCUUGAAACUCCGUCUCAUUGAGAGCACAGAGUUGGAAAGGAGGACGCGAGUGGUGGAACGCCCUGGCGGAGUGGACGUCUCCGAAGUGAAUGCGUUGAGCGUGACAGAGUUUCUCAGCUUAGAGGAAUCCGUCCUGAAGCCCAAAUGGCUGAGUGCUGAGGUGGACGCCUUGACGCUUCCCUUAGCUUCCGCACUUCCGACAGCUUUGGCUGCUCUGAGCGCCAGAGGAAAGGAUGGGCAGCCCUUGCUACGGGUACGUCUGGUGGCGACCGCUGAGGGAAAGGUCAAUGGCAUCGUGGUGAGAUGCUUGUGGGCGAAAGCAGGCCUUGCUAUCGAGAAGCAAGCAGAUGGGAGGCUCGCCGGCAUCCUUUGGCCGAACGACGCGGUCAACAGAGCACCGGACUUGAAGGUGGGAGAUGCAGUGAUUGUGACCAUCCGUUAUUCUCCAGCGAGGGGAAUUAUCGAGAUGAUCGCUGACACAACAGCAUGGAGACACUUUGUCGUGGCAGCCCAGAGAUCAGGUUGCAAUGGGCCUCUCCAAACUUCCUGCUACGAAGGACUGUCUCCUGCUGACUUCUGA